UCAGGGAAGGACUUCCGGCUGAUAUAAAUACCUCCCCAAACCCAUAAUGUCUCCACCAUCAAAUCAGCUUUCUCUUUUUUAUUUCUCUGAUUCAGUUCUUGUGGGUUUUCCUGGGUUUCCUCCUACACAUCCGGGAUGACCAUCCUCAUUGAUCAGCCUGAUUUUGUCGAGGUGGUGGAGAAGAAGGUGGAUGUUGAACAGGAGAAUGAACUGGUGUUGGACGGUGGGUUUGUGGUGCCGGAGAGCAACGCCUUUGGGCAUACCUUUAGGGAUUAUGAUGCUGAAAGCGAUAGAAAAGAUGGGGUAGAAAAUUUCUACAGGAUCAAUCACAUUAACCAGACAUAUGACUUUGUGAAGAAAAUGAGAGAGGAGUACAGCAGGCUGAACAGGGUGCAAAUGAGCAUAUGGGAAUGCUGUGAACUUCUCAAUGAUGUUGUUGAUGAAAGUGAUCCUGACUUGGAUGAGCCUCAGAUCGAGCACUUGCUGCAGACAGCUGAGGCCAUCCGAAAAGACUAUCCUAACGAGGAUUGGAUGCACCUCACUGCUCUUAUCCAUGAUCUGGGAAAGGUCCUCCUCCUUCCUUCCUUUGGAGAACUGCCUCAGUGGGCUGUUGUUGGGGACACAUUCCCUGUUGGGUGUGCUUUUGAUGAGUCCAUUGUUCAUCACAAGCAUUUCAAGGAGAGCCCUGACUACUAUAAUCCUGCUUACAACACUAAGUAUGGGGUUUACUCAGAGGGCUGUGGGCUUGAGAAUGUGAUGAUGUCGUGGGGGCAUGAUGACUACAUGUACCUGGUGGCCAAGGAGAACAAGACAACUUUACCUUCAGCAGGGCUUUUUGUUAUCAGAUACCAUUCCUUUUAUGCUUUGCACAGGUCUGAUGCAUAUAAAUAUCUGAUGAAUGAGGAAGACAUUGAGAAUCUGAAGUGGCUCAAGAUAUUCAACAAAUAUGACCUUUACAGCAAGAGCAAAGUCCGAAUCGAUGUUGAGAAGGUCAAGCCGUACUAUCUUUCCCUCAUUGAAAAGUACUUCCCUGCUAAGCUAAACUGGUGAAAGUCGGAGCUCUGAAGUUUGCUGGAGUAAUUCAUAGCUUGGUCUUAGUCUGCUAGAGGGGCAGGGCAUGAUGUAAUAUAGAUGGUUUUCCUUUCUAUGAUGUUUGGGACCAGGGAAAUAAUAGCGUACUCGUGAGAAGAGAAUCUCACAAUAUUGUAGCUUGUGGCUCUUCUGAAAUAAAUUCUCUGCAUUGCCCUUCUGUAA